AUGUCGACCACGGCGCUCGCGCGAUCGCCGCGCGCGCUCGCGACCCCGGCGCGCGGUCGCGGCGGACGACGACGAUGGCGCGCGAGCGCUCGGUGCGCGGCGACGGCGCGUUCGGGGGCGGGGGAGGACGAGGGCGACGCGCGAAGCGCCGAGGUCGUGGACCUGUUCGAGCGCUCGAGUGGGCCCGUGGGCGCGGUGGCGCGCGCGGAGGCCGCGAUCGCGGCCGUGCGAGCGAUGACGGCGGUGCGAGGGACCGCGUCGGGGACGUCGACGACGGCAGGGGUGGGCGAGGCGAUGGGGGGCGGCGUCGAAGGUGGACCCAAUCGGGACGACGCGGGCGCGCAUGGGCUGGCGCGGGACGGCGUCGGAGGGACGGGGACGACGGAUUCCGGCGUCGGCGGGCGACGCGGUGGGGGUGCGGGGGAGAAAUCCGCGUUGAAGAGCGAGGGGAAGACUUCGGACGCGCCCGAGGCGGAGGCGUUCAAUCCUGGGAGCGAUUUUUGGACGUGGAGUCCGCCGGAAGUUGAGGAUAACGGGCCGACGCCCAAGCUUCAGAGGAAGACGGAGACUCGCGUGAGCGCCGCCGUGGCCGAGGCCGAGCGUGUCCCCGAGGCGUCGUUGCAGCUAAAAUUCCAAAGCGAUAUCGAGACCCCUAAGGAGCUGAAACUGGAAUUUGAAAGCGACGGCGUCGUCGAGCUGGAGCCGGCGCCGCUGGGCGCGACGCCGACCGCCGAACUCGAGGAGACCGCCACCGCCGUGCGUGAGCUCGGCACCGACGGAGAGACCGAGGGCGUCCUGGACAAUGGGUCUCGAUGGUGGCGAGAAUCCGGGGAGGACGAGCUGGCUGGUGGGAGACUAUGCCGAUGGACUCUCGUGCGCGGGGCCUCGGCGGAUGGCUCUGUCGAGUGGGAGGAAAAAUGGUGGGAAACGAGCGAUGCUUUCAACUAUCGCGAGCUCGGAGCGAUCAAAUCCGGUCGCGACGCGUCUGGAAACGUCUGGCAGGAGAGUUGGCGCGAGCACAUCACUCACGACACCACGACCGGGUUUUCCAACGCCUCGAAGCACAUCAUGCGGGAGGCGAACAAGUGGGGUGCCCAGGCGGAUGGAACCGAGUGGCACGAAGUCUGGGAUGAAAAUUACUGGGGCGACGGUCGAGUGAAGCGCACAUGCACCAAAAAAGGCGCAAUAGGGUCAGGGAUCUCACCCGAGGACGGUCACGGUAACCGAUGGACGCACAAAUGGGGCGAGGAGUGGGACGGGCACGGCGGUUGCGUGAAAUGGAACGACUCGUACGCCGAUCGGGAUAAGAGCGAAGACGGUGGAAGCGGGCGAUCCUGGGGCGAACGCUGGGAAGAGCGCUGGGGUAGCUUUGCGCACAACGGUAGCGCGGGAACUCGGAACGGAUCCACGUGGGACGACCGCGACGGACAUAAAUUUGAGAAGACGUGGGGUGAGGAACACUGGCACGACGGUCGUGUCCAUAAAUACGGCUCCACCACCGACGGUUCCGACGGAUGGGACACGUGGGAGGACAGCCAAGGGUGGUGGGAACGCGCUCCGAGCUUCGGCUGGGACGAGGCGGUGUCGCACUCCCCGCAACUCCUCUCUGUCCGACUCCGCUCCCGCGCCGCCUCCGACGGCGCAUCCGGCUCCGGAAAGAAAAAAUCCAUCGGGCGCGCUCCCGGUCGAACCAUCAAGCCACCCCCCGGGAGUCGUCUCCACAAUUCCGAGCAAUAA